AUGCGAAUCCCAGCUGUUCUCGCUGAGUACCGUCUGGACCUUCCCCGCGCAAGAAAUCAGGCUCCUGGACUGCAGCGCCUGCGCGUGCGUAUCGCAGUGAUUGACCCGAUGUGCACGUGGAUGUAUCCGACAGAUAUUACUGUGCACCUAGGCUCGACGCGACUGGCCGUUUACUACGCGCCGGGCGUCUCACUAGGUCGGGGUUUUGCGCUCGGCGGCAUGAUUGCAGACUCUGGGGACUUAUUGGGAUGCGUAUCAGCAUCCUGUGCCGGCGGCUGGUUCGAGGUGCGCAUAGGAGAAGGAGAGAAGCUGGUUACCUUGAUCAGCAAGUUUAAGGAGGAAAUCACCAAUUCCAGGCUCAAUGCGCUGCGGCUGUAUUCUAACUUUCACCUGGCAUUGGUAGGAAGCCCGAGGAUGCGCUUAGGAAACAAGAGUUGA